GGGUGAUCGUGUAAUAAUUCCUGAAAAGUUAAGGGGAAAGGUAUUGGACCUCCUCCACGAGGGUCACCCAGGGAUCGUAAGGAUGAAGGGGUUAGCCAGAAGCUAUGUAUGGUGGCCACUUAUGGACACAGAGAUUGCUGAAAGGGUAGGGAAAUGUCAGGCUUGCCAAGAAUCCAGACCUCUACCCCCAUCGGCCCCAGUCAGAGAAUGGGAAAAGCCCCAAGGGCCCUGGUCAAGAAUCCACAUUGAUUUUGCUGGCCCUUUUCACGGCCAAACAUUCCUAAUAGUUGUGGAUGCAUUUUCAAAAUGGUUGGAGGUCAUACUCAUGAAAUCCACUACGGCCGAAGCAGUAAUCGCAACCCUGCGCCACCUAUUCGCAACUCACGGAUUGCCGGACACUCUGGUGUCCGACAAUGGGCCUCAAUUCACGGCAGCCCAGUUUGAAGAAUACCUGGCAGAGGAAGGCAUCCGACAUGCCCUCUCUGCGCCUUUCCACCCUGCGUCGAAUGGCCUUGCAGAGCGUUCCGUCCGGAGCGCUAAGGAGGCAUUGUCCAGGCUAAAGCCAGGUGACUGGCAAACAAAAAUAGACUUUUUCCUAGCAAUCCAGCACAGAACCCCAAGCACGGCCACCGGGAAAAGCCCAGCCGAAUUGCUAAUGGGACGGAAACUCCGGUGCCCACUGGACCGUUUGAAUCCCCAUUACACACCAGAGGGUUACAAAGGAAAACUAGAAAAGACCAGGGAAAUGAGCAUAGGCGACCAGGUGUGGGCCCGAAACUAUGGG